CCUGCAGUAGAAUGUUCAUGAAGGUAGAAUGCAUUAAGGAGUUGGAAUGUUCUAAAUGUUCUUUCAAGAGUCACCACAUUCUGUGAUGCGAUCUACUUCGCUUCAGAAGACGCAUACGAACACACGUAAACUUUGAUUUGUGAAAGCUCCAGAUAUCACAGUCACUCAUUUUUGCGUAAAAUCGCGUUUGAAAUAAUUUCAACAACAUGAUGCCCUCUACGUCUAAGCAGACUCAAGACCCUCUGGCACCUGGGAAAGAUCAAGAAAUCAAGAUCAAUAACCUUAAGCCAGACUCCAACUCUGAGGAGUACACCUGUGCGAAGAGAAAGGCCAGUGCUGACGAUGUGGAAAUGGGUCCUCGCAACACGUCCGUGGAGGAAAUCAGGGCAGGGAAAUGCAAGAGGAAGGCGAGCCCUGACAGAGACACACCAACGAAGAGACACAGGGGGAGCUGCGAAGCCACAGACUCCACUAACCCUAACAAUGUGUCUAGGGACGAGGUCAGAAACAAGGGAGGAAAAAGAAAGGCCAGCAGUCAACCAGAGACUCCCAACAAGAGACACAGAGCUGGCAGUGAAACAAAUGCUGCCACCACCAACACCAGUGAGCCAAACAGAAGUUUGGGAGAAUAUAUCAAGUCUGGACAGAGGAAUACCAGCACUGGUGGAAAGCCUUCCAAACACAGACAGAAGGACUCUGAGCUCAGGCAGAACGGUGGCACUUCAUUUUCAGAAGAGGAAGUCCCCAAAGUGAACACCAACAGAAAUGAUUUCGAGACAAAGUAUCGGCAGUUCACCAAGAUUGGAGAAGGAGGAGGUGGAUGCGUGUAUGCUGGAGUCCGCCUCACAGAUUUUUUACCGGUGGCUAUCAAACACAUUACAGAUGCAGCUGUGACAUAUGAAGUAAUGGUGAAGAAGAUCCCUCUUGAAGUGGACCUCAUGCAGAAUUUUACAGAUGGACCAGAAUCAGUUGGGAAGUAUGCUGCUGUCUCCCUCCUGGACUGGUACUACCUGGACAAUGAGGUGAUCAUCGUUAUGGAAAGGCCACUUGCCUCCAUGACCCUCUCCAAAUACGUCAGUGAGAGAAAACCAUCUUUGAACGAAUCUGAAGCUAAGCUCCUCAUGUCUCAGUUGGUGAAAGCAGCCAUUGAAAUGCACCGUAAAGGAGUGUUUCACCGGGACUUAAAAAUGGCAAACAUCCUGGUUGAUGUCAGCUCCACACUUCCACGUAUCCGCAUCAUUGACUUUGGCUGUGGAGCUUACGUGCAGAAGAAACCCCACCGUUCUUUCUCUGGUACCUAUACACUUGCCCCUCCAGAGUGGUUCCUCCACAGAAAAUACAGGGCUGUUCCCACUACAGUAUGGCAACUGGGAGCACUGGCGUACCGCAUGCUGCACGGUACCUUAUUUAGCACCUCAGGAUUCAUCAACCAACAGCUUCAGCUCAGCACUGAACUUUCACAAGACUGCCAAAAUUUUUUACGGCUGUGUCUGGCCAUAGACCCCAAGGAACGUGGUACUCUGCGGCAACUUCGGCACCACCCCUGGCUGAUACACUGAUGUGCAAUGCUACACCUAAGCUGGCCCACUUUUUCACACUCAUAUCAUCUUAUCCUACCUAUCCUCAUCCUACCCUGUUCUUCC